CACUUCAUCUCAUCCAAAGUGGCUGUAAGUUAUGUAUCAAGUGUUCUUGCAUCAAAGAAGAAUAAACAGCUAAAGUAUUUGAGGAGUUUUCGGUGUUGGGAUCAUAUGUUCUAUGGGACAGUGGGAGUGUAUGGAGUCUAUGGACACAUUGGCUUUUUACUUGCUCAGUUUCCAUGUCCCGCUGAGUUUUGGAGGGUUGGCUGUGGUUGCCCAUGUAUUGCAUCAACCAAUUCUUGAUCCAAAGACUGAUCAGGCUGAGGAAGACGAGAGCUAUGCGAUGGUGGAGUCUAUGGACCCCGAACUGUACAGAGCAACUACAAAAGGUAAUAUUCUUGAAUUCAAAAAAGCGAGGGAACAUGGCAAUCUAGAUGGGCAAUAUCGCUCAUCAGCCGGCGGUGUCCAACUAGAUCCUCAGAGAAACACAGUUCUGCAUAUUGCAACAAGCUGUGGACACUAUGAGAUCGUUAAGCUUCUUUGCAAGGACUUGCCAUUCUAUGUUGCUGAAAAAAACUCUAAAGGCGACGCUCCACUCCACAUCGCAGCAAGAGCAGGUGACUCGUUGCUUGUCACGCUACUGAUCAAUUGUGAUUGGAGAGAAGGUGCUUUGGAAUUGGAGAAUGAAGAGGGUAAUACUGCAUUGCAUGAGGCGUUAGGGCAUCGUCAUCGGAAGGUGGCUUGGAUUCUUAUCAAUAAGAAUCCAAGCGCAUGGUAUUCGGUUAAUAAGGAAGGGAAGUCUGUGCUGUAUUUGGCAGCAGAAGCGGGUUUUGUUGAUCUUGUUAAGCUGCUUAUGGAGAAUCCCGUGGGGAAUUGCUUUGUCAAAUGGAGGAUCAGAAACAAGUCACCAGUUCAUGCUGCUAUCAUUGGAAAGAACAUUGAUGUCCUAAGGAUAUUGUGGGAAAAGGACCAGUCCUCCUUCCACUUGAAAUGUGAUAAGGAGGGGAGAAAUGCUCUUCACUGUUCUGCAUCUUUAGGUUUUCUUGAAGGGGUAAAUUUCCUGGCAAGCAAAUUAUGUGAUGCUGUUUACCAAAGGGACAAAUAUGGUCUCUUUCCUAUUCACAGAGCGUCAAGCAAAGGCCAAGUUGACAUAAUCCAAGCGAUGCUCCAGCAUCGCCCAGAUUCGAGGGAAUUGCUCACUUUAAAAGGUCAGAAUAUCUUUCAUGUCGCAGCAAAGAGUGGAAAUGUCAAAGCAGUUGGUUCUAUGCUCAAAAUGCCAGAGCUGGGGAAACUCUUAAAUGAGAAGGAUCAUGAUGGAAACACGCCAUUACAUAUCGCCACCAUUUGGGGGCAUCCAAGGAUUGUGGACGCUCUAUCAUUGGACAAGAGGGUAAACCUAGACAUCGAAAAUCAUGAUGGGUUAACAGCACUGGACGUUGCUGAGGAAUAUAUGGAACCAAUGACAUCAUCUCGAAAGCGACUGACAUGCAUGGCCUUGAGAGUAGCUGGUGCUCCACAAUCUCCACAUGCAAAGGUUUCCAAAACUAGAAAAACCUCUAGGGCCGGUCAAAAUUCAGAAAUGGAAAACUACAAAGACAAGGUCAAUGCAGUUCUAGUGGUGGCAGCACUAGUCGUGGCUGCAACUUUCACCGCUAGUUUCAAUGUCCCCGGUGGCUACAACAAUUCCAAUCCAGACCAAGGCAUGGCAACUAUGCUAGCAAAAUUGAAGUUUCAGGAAUUUAUGAUUUGCGACACUGUAGCUAUGUACAGCUCCAUCAUAGUCAUUGUCACCCUCUUAUGGGCACUGCUUGUUGACGACCUUUGUUCGAUGAAAGAUGCCUUGAAAUUGGCAGUGCCACUUCUGGGAAUCUCGAUAGCCAUGAUGUCCAUAGCUUUCAUGGCAGGUGUUUACCUUGUCGUGAGCACACUCACUUGGCUUGGAAAGGUUAUUCUGGUUAUGGGCUCCAAUGUUGUUAUCGUGCUAGCAGCACUCUUCAUCCCACUCUGCCUUUUGAGUUCAUCCAACCGCUGGGUCUUUCGCCAACUCUCAUACUUUCCGUUUCGUCUCCUACUAUAUGCAUUUGGAUGCUACACUAAUUGUAAUGAAAAGGAAGAUGAAUGAUGUUCGUUCAUGUCACGGGACCCUCUGUUCCAAAUCCGUCCUUUUAUUCCAAAUCUCUUCCCCACCACAUGAGCUGAUCGUGUGAAAGAGAAGGAAUUUGAGAUAGAAGACGCGUGGGAUUUGGAUGUUUAUUCAUCUACAACUAGCCUUGUGUUAAUGUCUUGUGAAUAAUCUAGUCGUACAAUAAGUGUAUUGGGACCAAUGAACUGUUGGUCUGAUGCAUGGUAUCUAGCUGGCGCAAAGAGACUUGUGUUGAAAUUAAAAAGUCGUAUGACGAGGAUUUGUGCAAAUA